AUGAGCUCAGUCGAGUCGUCGCCAAUCAUGGAUGAUUGCAGCUUCCUCACCGAAUUCCAGAGGAAAUGUCUACAUGUGAUCAUUGAAGCCGAACGCGAUCCGCAGACGUUGUUCACCAAUGAUGAGACAUGCGAAUAUCAUGAGAAUGUGAUGGCGUAUCUCAAAAAGUUGCUCAUUGAGAAGGCGCACCUUCAAAAGUGCGGAAAUACGAAUUUCGCGAUUCAAUUGAUUGACGAAGAAGUUUGCCGCCUUUUGAUGGUGCCUGUCUCGAUACCAUACGUCAGUUUGUUGGAGCAGUACGGACGCGAGAUGCUGAUGUGCUCGCCGGACGUUUUCACGAAUCACACGCUAUCCGAUGAAUCGCUUCAUUCGGAGGACAAUGAGGAGGUGACGCUGACGAAGAGCGUCCUCAUUCCGAUUGAUGAGUAUCCAUCGUAUAAUUUCAUUGGGCGAAUUAUUGGACCUCGCGGAAUGACUGCUAAACAAUUGGAAAAGGACACUGGCUGCCGAAUUAUGGUCCGCGGAUAUUAUUUGAACAAAAUUUAUGGACGCGCUCCUCGCAAUGGACUACUUGAUGAAAAUGACCCGUCUGAAUCGCCGCUACGAGUUGUUCUGGAGACGACUGGGCCGAGAAAAGAGGCGAAUGAGAGGCUGAAUGCCGCUAUCAAUGUUGUGAAGUCGCUUUUGGUGCCACCGUCUGACGGCCAAGAUGAGCUGAAGCGUCGUCAACUCGUCGAGCUCGCCGUGAUGAACGGCACCUAUCGUGGUACAGGCAGCCGAAAAACGCCGGCGCAUUUUUAA